GCCCCCACUGUCAGCCCAGGAUUGAUGGAUAGGAGCGUGCAUUGCACAAAACAUCAAUUCUGUCCUGCUUUCUCUUUCAUUCUGAGCCUCACGUUCCUCAUCUCUCCUCCCUCUCCCUUUCUCACCCUCCCCUACUGAUGCUGCUCCAGGUCCCUCGCCGGUCCCUCUCUUCCUCACUAGUUUCCACAAGGCAUCCGUAAAGCCGACAGAGAGCACACCGUGAGGCAGCAGAACAGCGAGGCGGGCGGACUGCUAUUUCUGUGACAGCCUUUUCUGUCUGGCAGGGUGUGUGAGAGCCGGAGCGCUGGACUGGACUGUGGUUUUCCGUGGGAGAGGAGGCGGUGGGGGAGCGAGGGGGAGAAGAGAGGGGCAGGUUGGACAGAUGGAGGACGGCGGUACCCGGCACCUGGGAUGCUGCGUGGUUGACGUGAACGAGCUGAGUGCCAACCCUGAAGGACUGAGCGCUGCCGCAGUUCUCCAGUGGAUUGAAAAAGUAUUCAUACCCAGAAACUUGUCAAACUACAGAGCUGUGACUGUAACUCCAAAGCUGCGACAGUUGGAGUUCAGCAUUGCCUGUAAUGAUCUGGCGGCCUCGGGCAGAGACAGGAAGCCCAAUGCUUUGGUCCAGGUGGCUGUCAUAGAUCCCCAGAAGCAGCAGCUCGUCUUCCACGCCUGCACAGAGAUAGUGGAGGCAAACAAAGACCCGCUGUUUUUGACGGGGGUGACCUUCCCUUCAGAGUAUCCUGACAGCCAAGACUCGCUGGUCAAGCUAACUGUGUAUGAUGCAAAAAACAAGAGCCAAGAAUCAAGCUCCUUCCUCGGUAGCACUACCUUUUCCAUCGGGGAUCUGCUGAGGGCUAAAGAUGGACGACUGACCUUGAGCCUGAGGUCGGCGGAUGGUGUGUGCCCAGCAGGAACAGUGGUAGUGAGUCGUCUGAAGAUGGGGGAGGUGGAGGAGGCUGACCACAUCGCCACCGACUCGUCCUCACAGAAGUGUCCUUUGGUGUGUGAGCCUGCGGACCAGUCCUGCAUCGACAGAGAAGAUUACGCUCUAACUGGGCCAGUGUUCAGGAACCCGGUAUGCAAGGUGUACAGAUUUCAGACAGUGGACAGCAAGUGGAUGCUGGUGCGGGAACAAAUGGAGGAGUGCACUCUGUCGUUCACCAUCCCCAAACAGCUGCUGUCGCUCUACAUCCAGGAGGACAGGAGCAGGUUGCAGGAUCUGGAGGAAUUGGGUGAGCUUUCUCCUCACUGGGACAACCUGAGGAAGGAGGUUGUGAUGCGAUACGGAGGAAUCAUCGGCUCUUACCAGGAGACUUUGGCUGAACUGGAGAAGAUAAGCGGUUCAUUCAAGCCGAGUUGCUGCAAAGCCCAGAAGUCUCUGGAGUUCAUCCCAAUAAACCUGCACACACAGAGGAUGAGAGUGACAUGCCCCCAAAGAACAGAUGCUUUGUAUGACAUUAUCACUGUCGGUGCUCCAGCAGCCCACUUCCAGGGCUUUAAGUGUGGCGGCCUGCAGCGUCUCCUGAGCAGAUACGAAGCAGAGAAGAAGAGCUUUAGCACUGCCUACCAGUGUAUCUACUACUCCCCUCAGCACACAGCCAAAGCUCAGGAGGUACUCAGCACCGUGAGUCUCCUCCAGCCCCUCAUCACAAGCUUGGCUGACCAGCUCCUCCAGGCCGCCCUUGAACACUCCUCCUCCGGACUCAAGGAUGCACUAAAGAGUCUUUCCGACAAGACGGAGCAGUUUGUCCACACGCUUAAGGACGAAUUGGUCAAGAGCGCCCUGCUAGCGCUGCACGCGGCCCGGCCCGGGUACGUCUCCAAGAGCCAGAAGCAAACUCCAGUGCUGUGUCACCAGCAAAGCCAGGGUGGGGACCUGAAUCACAGUCCGGUCCAAGGACUACCGGGCCACAGUCCGGCCACGCCUGACACAGAAAGCCCGGUGGCGUGUAAUAAUGUGAAAGGAGGAGACGGCGGGUCGCUGAAGCACCAAGACUCCAUACCACAUCACAAAGAGUAUGACGAGGAGGAAUGGGACAGGGUUUGGGCCAACGUCGCCAAAUGUCUCAACUGUGUGAUCGCCAUGGUGGAUAAACUCCUCGAAGGUGACAACAGCAAACCAGAGCCAGCGCCGGAGCAACAGCUUGCUGAUGUCAUCACCUCACACAACCCAGGUGACUGGCGAGAGCAGCUGAGUCCUCUGGUGACCAGACUAAAGGAGUGCGUGUUGGAGGUGGUGGAGAAAGCAAAGAGAGCAAUGACCUUCGUCCUCCUGCAGGAGGCAGUGUGCAGCAUACCUCAAGGCCUCCACCUGCAGCAGAGGAGAGACGUAGUCUUCAGUCAGGCACUGGCGGCGCUGGCAUGUGGCUUUGUGAUGAGGCUGUACGCAGGCUUGCAGGACAAAGACUUCCUGAGGCAGCUCCACCUCGUCGGCCUGGUGGCUCAGUUCGAGAGCCUGCUGAGCACUUACAGCGAAGAGAUCGGGAUGCUUGAGGACAUGGAGAUUGGAAUCUCUGACCUGCAGAGAGUCACGUUCAAGAUCACAGAGGCCAAAGCGGAUGACCUCAGUGACCUGCAGCCUUCAGUUUGUGGCCGACGAGACCACUUCACUGUCGAAGUGCCAUUACCACAAGUGAUUUUUCAGACCUUGCCAGAAGAGAUCAAGGAGGGCAGGCCUCUGCGAGUUUUCCCCGUUCUGUUUAACGUUGGCAUCAAUGAGCAACAAACUAUAGCCGAGAGGUUCGGCGAUAUCUCUCUACAAGAAAGAAUAAACCAGAAGAACUUUGAGAUUUUAGAAGCUUAUUAUAAGACGUUAAGAGAAAAGGUGCCACUAGAAUGUCUACCAUGUUUUCAGACACAGACUGACAUAAAGGAAUUACUUGAAACACUGGGCCAGAAUGUAAUCACAAAGAAGAGGAAGAACGUUGAAAUACUGUGGAUUGCUGGAACUAUUUGCCGAAGGCUGAACGGAAUCCGAUUUACCAGCUGUAAAAGUGCCAAAGACCGAACAUCCAUGUCUGUCACAUUAGAGCAGUGCGCCCUACUGAGGGACGAACACCAGCUCAGCAAGGACUUCUUCGUCCGAGCUCUGGACUGCAUGCGGAGAGAAGGAUGUCGGAUUGAGAACGUUCAAAAGAAUAUUAGAUGCAGGAAAUACGCCUUCAACAUGUUGCAGCUGAUGGCCUUCCCCAAAUGCUACCGACCUCCAGACGGGACGUACGGCAAAGUUAACUCCUAAGGACUCUUGGCGCGGAGUGUACUGUAAAUAAAACCUCAUCUUGUGAUAUCCAGGAAAGAAAUAUGAACGCUUAUGAACAGGAAUGAAUAUGUAAACUGUUUUAUUGUUGAACUUGUAUUUAUGUAAGCAGGGUACAGUUAUUGACGUCCAGAAAGGAAUCUGGAUUUGUCAAACAUGUUGCUUUGAAAGCAAGAGCACUUUUUACUCAAAUGCUUAUUUUUAUCAUGGCCCUGGUGGCAAUGCAUAACCUUAUCCUGUGUGUGAGGGGUGGGUGUGUG